AUGAGCCACCGUUCGAUGAAACAGUAUGUGCGUGCCGCGCAGUUUCCUCAGGUGCUCGGAAUAGAGGUGAAUCGGUUCCAGGAAAUACCAAAAGUUCAUUGGGAGCCGAUCACAUUUUGCCAAGAAGAAGAAGAGGGAAUCCUCUAUCCCCACGACGACCCGAUGAUCAUCCGAGCUGAAAUUGCCGAUUACGAUGUAGGGCGAGUGCUGAUCGAUACCGGGAGCUCCGUGAGCGUAAUCUUUGCUGAAGCUUUCGGAGAGAUGGGAAUCAAUGACAACCAAGUCGACCGGCAGUUGACACCUCUGUUAAGCUUCUUUGGAGACCUGGUCCAACCGAUCGGUAGUGUCAGACUGCCAAUUACAUUUGGCACGGCGCCGAGAAAAACAACAACGUACGAUCAGUUCCUCAUCGUCGACUGCCCGACGGCAUACAACGUUAUCGUUGGCCGAACGGCGCUGACGAGGAUCAAGGCGCAUCUUUCACCCCACAUGCUGUUGAUGAAGUUCCCUACCCCGAACGGCACGGGGGCAAUCCGGGGAAAUCAAUUCAGCGCGCGGACUUGCUACGCUACGGCGCUCAAAGCAACCUCGUUCAUACUCCCCAACGAGACCAUGACGGUGCAAGGUUUACCGAACGGUACUGGACCGGUUGACGACCCUAGAGAUGAAUCUCCCACCCCUCACACACAACCUGCCGAAGAAUUGGAAACCAUAACCUUGAGCGAUGAACAGCCCGACCGACAGGUUAGAAUCGGCACUAGACUCACUGCGAACCUCCGAACGCAAUUCAUAGACUUCUUGCGGCAUCAUUCGGAAGUUUUCGCAUGGUCUUACGAGGACAUGCCCGGCAUCGCCCCGGACGUGAUUAGCCAUAAACUCACCAUCUCUUCCGCCUAUAAGCCCGUAAGGCAGAAGCGCCGGUCAUAUGAUGCCGAACGGUAUGAGGGGAUGCGCACGGAAGUCGAAAAACUUCAAACCAUCGGUUUCAUCCGGGAAGCAACAUAUCCGGUAUGGCUUGCUAACUCCGUCAUGGUAAGAAAGUCCACGGGCGGGUGGCGGAUGUGCCAAGACUAUACCGACCUCAACAAGGCCUGCCCGAAGGACAGCUUUCCGUUACCACGGAUAGACCAGCUCGUGGGCGCCACUGCCGGCCACGAACUGCUGAGCUUUAUGGAUGCCUACUCCGGCUAUAACCAGAUAUUCAUGCACCCUCCCGACAGCGAACAUACCGCAUUCAUAACGGACAAAGGAACUGCCGAAGAUCACCUGCAGAACUUAUCGAUCAUGUUCGGCAUACUAAAAGACUACAGGAUGAGGCUGAACCCGAAGAAAUGCGCUUUCGGUGUAUCUUCCGGGAAAUUCCUCGGAUUCAUGAUCAGUCAGAAGGGGAUUGAGGCGAAUCCCGAGAAAAUAAAGGCAAUCAUCGAUAUGGAGAGGCCGAAGACGACGAAGGACAUUGAGAGCCUUACCGGACGCGUGGCCGCCCUGACCCGCUUCAUAUCGAAGGCUACCGAUAAAUGUGUACCGUUCUUCAAAGCCUUGAAAGGGGGCAAACGGGAUAUCACAUGGACUGCCGAAUGCGAUAACGCAUUUCAAGCCCUGAAGAACUACAUGAGCAAAGCCCCCCUUUUGUCAAAACCGCUGCCUGGGGAAAUUCUCUACCUCUACCUCUCGGUAUUCGGAACUGCCGUCAGCUCGGUACUAAUUCGGAAACCAGAGAAGGCAGAAUUACCAAUCUUCUAUGUCAGCAAGGCACUCCAGAGUGCGGAACUUCGGUAUCCACCAUUAGAGCAGCUGGCUCUAGCCCUUGUUGUCUCGGCACGAAGACUUCGGCCAUACUUCCAGGCACACGGGAUCAAAGUCCUGACCAACCAACCCCUCCGGCAAGUUCUCCAGAAACCAGAAAUUUCGGGCCGAUUGAUCAAAUGGGCGAUCGAACUCGGGGAAUUCGACAUCCAGUUCGUUCCGAGGCCCGCGGAGAAGGGCCAGGCUGUUGCCGAUUUUAUCUCCGAGCUUACCCCAGCGACAGUACAACCGACAUCUGAGGCAAUUACCGAGACCAUCUUGCCGGAUCAACCAGGCGCCGAACGCCUCGACACAUCACCUCCCGUCUGGGGUUUGCACGUCGAUGGCUCGGCAAACCAGCAAGGAUGCGGAGCUGGCUUAGUACUGACAACACCGGACGGACUCAAAAUCGAGUACGCCCUCCGAUUCGACUUCCGGACAUCCAACAAUGAAGCGGAAUAUGAAGCCCUCUUGGCCGGCCUUCGGUUAGCCAAGAGCAUGAAUGCAAAGCAAAUCCGAAUUCACAGCGACUCCCAGCUCAUUGUGAACCAGGUAACGGCAGACUUCGCCGCCAAGGACGCCUCCAUGUACGCCUACCUUUCAACCGCCCAUCAGCUACUCAGAAGUUUCCAAGCAUACGAGAUCAAACAGAUCCCCAGGGGCGAAAACAGCCAUGCCGAUGCUUUGGCAAGACUCGCUUCGGCGAUAAACGACAAAGUCGGAAGAAAGGUACCGGUGGAGAUCCUUGCCCAACCGAGCACGGUAACCUCCGAAGCGUGUGCCGUACGGUAUGAGGAUACAUGGAUGUCUCCCAUCUACUUAUACCUGACGAACGGCAUCCUUCCUGAGGAUAAAGCCCAGGCCCGGAAGCUGAGGUACCGAUCAGCAAGAUACACAGUUAUCAACGAUGUACUCUACAAGCGCGGCUACACUACCCCGUAUCUCAAAUGCCUCCCGGCAGAGCAAGGGGAGUACAUCCUUCGGGAGAUUCACAGCGGUGUGUGUGGCGAUCAUUCCGGGUCCCGAUCUCUCGCCUACAAAGUCUUUCGGCAGGGAUACUUUUGGCCAACCAUGCAUCAGGACGCCAAUACACUGGUGAAGAGGUGUGACAAAUGCCAGCGCUUCGGUAAUGUCCCACAUAUCCCUGCUGAACCUCUCACCCCGAUUGUAAGUCCUUGGCCUUUCGCACAAUGGGGACUGGACCUGAUUGGCCCAAUGCCGCAAGGCAAGGGGCAGGCAAAAUAUGCAGUGGUUGCCGUUGACUACUUCACCAAAUGGUUGGACAAGGCAAAGGGAGCCUGGCCGGAAAAGCUUCCCGAAGCACUGUGGGCCAUUCGAAAGUCUUACCGAACGUCCACUGGAGAAACCCCUUUUUCUAUGGCCUUUGGAUCGGAAGCAGUGGUACCCGUGGAAAUCGGCGAACCUUCCUACCGAACGGAAGCCUUCGCACCGAAGCAGAACGAGGAGGCCAUGUCUCUAAGCCUUGACCUACUCGAGGAGCACCGAGCACAGGCCAACCUUCGGAAUGAAGCCUACAAACAGCGUGUGUCUCGGUAUUACGACUCUAGAGUCAGACCCCGCUCUUUCCGAAUCGGGGGCUGGGUCAUGCGCAAGGUAUCGCUUGUGACGAAGGAUACCACGGAAGGAACCCUCGGACCUUCCUGGGAAGGACCUUAUGAAGUCAUCGGUAUCCUUCGCUCGGGAACCUACAGAUUGAGAGGCUCCAACGGCAAGGCCCUCGGCCAUCCUUGGAACGUAGAACAUCUCAAGUACUACUACAAGUGA